CUCUCUACCAAUGCGUGCAUCCUCAGCUCCCAGUGCGGAAAAGGAAGACAGUCAUGUUGUGGAAGGCCUUCCUGCUUGUGGGGCUUAUUGUGAUGGGGAUUCGUGACUGCAGCUUCAGAUUUGUAGACAUCAACAAGAACAAUGAGGAUUUUAGCAUUUCUGUGGAGUAUGUAGUGUUUCACUUCAAUGAAAAUCAGGAUGAUAAUUUUGCCUACAAGUUCCUGAGAGUCCGGAGAAGUCAGAGUCAGAGAAAUAAAUUGCUGUUUUUAGUAGACCUGGAGAUGGGCCGUACAAUUUGUAAGAAAUUUGAAGAAGACAUUGACAAUUGCCCAUUGCAGGAGGGCCAAGGAGAGAAAAAGACCUACAGCAGCGGAGCUCUAAGAGGACGUGAAGGACAAACACCUCUCCGGCCUUUUGACCGAGGGACCAUGACAAAAUACUUGUGUCCCUUCAUGCUCAUCCUCAUCAUUCCAGUGGCUCUGGCAGUUGGUGGGGAUCAAGCCAAGAAUGAAGUGAAGGCGUUGAGGUACUUUGAAUCCAUCAACAUCUCGAAUGCCAAUGUGAAGCAGUGUGUGUGGUUUGCUAUGAAAGAAUACAACAAGGGAAGCAAGGACAAGUAUGUCUUCCUCGUGGACAGGACACUGCAUGCCAAGCUUCAGAUUACAGACCGAAUGGAAUACCAAAUUAAUGUUCAGAUUGCCCGCAGCAAUUGUAAAAAGCCUCUAAACAAUACUGUAAACUGCGUCACUCAAAAAAACUCCAAAUUGGAAAAGAAAGUAAAUUGCAGCUUUUUGGUCGGAGCGCUUCCCUGGAAUGGCGUGUUCACCCUGUUGGACAAGGACUGCAAAGAUAUCUAAGGGUGUCGCGGAGCACCCCUCCCGCUUCUGAGUCUGCCUUUCUCUGUGAUAAAAGAGCAACGUUGGUUCAAGGCUGCCACCAUCACUUUACUCGUGUGUGCCUCCCCUGCUUGCUUUCUUAUUAGUUUCACAUUAAAGGAAAGGGGUAAAAUAGGGGCUCUGCCCUGGUACCAAAGAUGGACCCUCACCUGUAGCCAGCUUCAGGACCACCAGAGUGUGGACUACUUUUGCUCCACAUGGUCAAUGGAAGGAGAAAUGUAUUUUGAUUGGAUAAUAAUCCCUUAAAGAGAUCGGAACCUGGUGGGUAUUGCUCAAAAGAUCUCUUCUAGAUGCCUCUCUGGACCUGAGGCUCCUUCCUGUCUAAGAGUUCCAGGCGGGAUAUCACCAUAUCAGGAGGAACAGCCCAUCCCUGGGGGGAGGUGUGAUUUGUGAAUUGGGGGACUUUUGUUUCUUCUGCCGAUUUGAGAAAUGGUCAGAAAGAGAAAGCAAGAGACCAAA